AUGUCCGAAUCGACCAGAGCUUCCGCAGAUGACCAAACGCUCAUGAGCGUAGCCUUCAUCAAACGCAAAGCAGACUUGACGCCCGAGCAAUUCUACACGCAUUGGGAAACAGUCCAUGGACCACUCGUGAGACCAUGGGCGGAGAAGCAUGGUUUCGUGGGUUACACGCAGGUACACUGCCAGCCCGCGCUCAACAGCAGUGCGGCUCCGAUUGGUCCAGAAUCGAAGGCGGCGUCUCCACUGUCAGGGUACGAUGGGUGCGCGCUAUUGGAGGUGAAAUCGUUUGAGCAGAUGGCUGCCGCUUUCAAAGACGAGUACUACGUCUCUGUCAUUCAGCCAGAUGAAAAGAAGUUCAUUGACCAGAAGGUUGGCGUGCUCAGGUCCAGAGGGGAAGUGAAGCGGAUUCUUUGA